UAACUGGUAUCCCUACAGUCACCUUCUGAAAGACAUGCAGUACGGACAAGGUGGUCCAUUGCUGGACAUCACUAUGGAGUUAGGUGAACUGGAGGAAGUUCAUCUGCCACACUUUGUCUGUUUAGGGACCAACCCUUCCCUGAGGAAUGAGAUGAAGAUUCUUCAUGUAGAGGAACAUGGAGUGUCUGUUGAGGAAGUGCAUGAGGUCACCAGAUUCCAUGCUAAGAUUCUCCAUCCCAAGUUCUCAGCUAUCUCUGUUAUACUGAGCUAUAUCUUUUCGUGGAACAUAGAUGUCCACUGUGAGCUGAUGCUCUAUAUGACAGUGAAAAAGGAAACACUAAUUCCACGCCUAUACCUGUUCCCCAGUAACCCCAGCCAAAUACAGGCUGUGGAACAACAGGAAAAGUCUCAAGGGUCUUCAAGGGUUCUCAUCUCAAGACCAGAGCAGGCCUUCAAACUGAAUAGUUACUUCAGACUGAACAUUCCCUGUUCUACCUACAUCAAUCCACAGAAGAUUCAUCUCAUACAUAGAGACUCCACACCAAGCUUUUUCAAGGCGGUUGUGAAAAUGACAGGGGUUGACAUUGAGAUGGAGUUAUUCGGUGAUGAUGAGAGGAUUGCAUGGAAAGAAGUGGUAUCACAAGAUGAAUACAUCACUGCCACCCAUUCAACAACAUUAACAGUCCCUGACAUUCCUGCUGAGGAGUUUCUGAAGAAACACUGGGCUAAACUAAUUCAGCGAACCAAAAACUCAAUGCCAAUAGCAGAUGAUCUGUGGUCAAAGAACAUGAUUGGUGAAGAAGAGCACUCCAGAAUAACAGCUGAAACAACUGAACAGGACCGAAUGAGAAAACUACUGAAAGCAGUCAUCCCCAAAGGACCAGAAGUGACGGGAGCUUGUCUCAAAGCUCUCGUUGAACAUGAAAACCAUCUUGUUAAGGACUUGAGUGAAUCUAGAACCUAAUCUGAAGACGCUGAGGCCUGUCUCCUAGUCUGU